CAAAGAGCUUGGUCUGACAUUGCAAUGAAACAGUAACCCCUGACAAAGUUACAAGCAUAAUACUGUCAACCCAGGGCCUAAAUAAAUACGAAUAAUAGACAUGGGUUUGCUUGAUCAAGCCAACAGCACCAUCAUCUUGGAAGAGCAUAUCUUAGAGAAGAAAUCACCAUCUGGCUGGCAUGCAGACAGCCUUGUCACCCCUAGUCAGGGAUUCCAAGGAAGAUCCAGUGAAGUUAUGAUGGAUAGCACCAAGAUCUUGGGGGUCCAGAUCAUACUGAUAAUGGCCUAUUCUCUCAUCAUUCUUCUGGGAUUCAUUGGUAACUCCUUGGUCAUCUACAUGAUAGUGAAAUAUAAAACCAUGAGGACUGUAACCAACUUUUUCAUAGCUAACUUGGCUCUGGCAGACCUAAUGGUGGAUACUUGCUUGCCCUUUACUUUGGCUUACACUCUGCUAGAUGAGUGGAAGUUUGGGGCUGUACUUUGUCAUUUGGUGUCCUCUGCUCAAGCUUUAAGUGUUCAUGUAUCUAUUCUCACAUUAACCGUGAUCGCUCUGGAUAGGUACAGAUGUAUUGUUUUUCAUUUAGACAGUAGAAUAUCCAAGAAGAUCAGCUUCACCAUCAUAGCUACUACAUGGCUGGUUGCUGCUGUCCUAGCUAGUCCACUGGCUAUCUUCCGAGAAUACAGAUAUGAAGAAAUUCCAUCCAUCAAUCUCAGAAUAGCUGUCUGCUCAGAGAAAUGGCCUUCUGAAAACAGAGAUGCCACUAUAUACAGCUUAUCCAUGCUUAUCCUGCAAUAUGUUUUCCCUCUUUCUAUCAUCUGUUAUGCCUACAUCAGGAUAUGGUUCAAACUGAGAAGCCACAUUAGCCCUUCUUCUAGAAAUGACACUCACUGUCGCAGGAAAAAGACCACUAAGAUGCUUUUCAUGGUCGUUGUGGUGUUUGCAGUCUCUUGGCUACCCUUCCAUGCUUUUCAACUUGCUGCGGACCUAGAUCUGGCUCUUGCCCUCCGUGACUAUAAACUCCUUUAUACAGUAUUUCAUGUAAUAGCCAUGUGUUCCACUUUUGCAAACCCUUUGCUCUAUGGCUGGAUGAAUAAGAACUACCGCAAUGGAUUCCUUAUGUUCUUCCACUGCCAGAAAAAGCCAGAGAGACUGUACACAGAGGGAUCGAUUCGAGGGCGGUCCUGCACUUUCAAGGCUACUACUCUGAAUGGGAGCAUCAAGCAGUCAGCAGGAGAUGGACAGCUACCAACACAGGUUUAG